UGUUCCUCUAUUGAUAUCUGAGACUUAAUUGUACAAUUUGACAGGAAGAGCAUGACCAAAUCAGAUCAAAGAGUAAAACAGGUGCACCACUUGAAUGGUCAGAUUACAAGUCAAUGAUCUUUACUCAAUGCGUCGUGAAUGAGACCUUAAGGAUGGCGAACAUAAUUGGUGGAAUAUUCCGGAGAGCAACCACAGACAUAAAUAUAAAUGGUUACACAAUUCCAAAGGGAUGGAAGGUAUUUGCAUCAUUUCGUGCUGUACAUCUUAACCCAAACCAUUUCAAAGAUGCACGCAGCUUCAAUCCUUGGAGAUGGCAGAAUAACUCAGAGGCAACGAUCCCUGUAAAUGUAUACACACCAUUUGGAGGAGGGCCAAGGCUGUGCCCUGGCUAUGAGCUUGCCAGGGUUGUUCUUUCGGUCUUCCUUCACCGCUUCAUCACCAUCUUCAGUUGGGUCCCGGCUGAGGAAGAUAAGUUGGUGUUCUUCCCUACGACUAGGACGCAGAAGAGGUAUCCCAUCAUAGUGAAGCGUAGGGAGGAGUCAAGUCCUUGUAUAUAGCCCCAUGAAAGAGCACCAUGUA